AUGUAGCCCGGCAUUACGAAUCUCAAGCCAGCGAGCAACCGAGUUCAACGGUCGUCGAGGAAACAUUGGGUACUUUUGAGACGAUAUCGAGAAGAGAUAAUUUUUGCGAAAAGUGAGAGUUUUUGGGAUUCUUGGCAAAUUAGUAUUUUAUAUCGAGCAAAGAAAGCGACGAGAGGCGCAAGAAAAUGAACGGGAAGAUUACUUUGUUGCUGUUGAUAUUCUGCGUCUGCGCACUGAGUCAUGCGCUUCCGGCGAGAAGAGAGAAUGAAGUGGCUAGGGAUUUAUGCAAAUUACCCAUGGCCAAAGGUCACUGUCGCGCUUUGAUGCACAGAUGGAUGUACGAUCCGGCUGUCAAAACUUGUGUACCGUUUGAAUAUGGCGGCUGUGCCGGAAACGACAACAACUUUAUGAGUAAAAAGGAUUGUAUGGAGGUUUGUCGAGGUGUCUAGACAGCCAACCUCUAUGAAACCUCACACGGCAAUCAUCUGUAAAUAGAAAAACGUCAUUCGCCGAUCAAACGAUCAUCCAUAACCAAUCCCGAUGAAAAUUCAAAGAAGAAAGUACCAAAAAGCAACCUAGGACUAAAUAAGGACAUACCCAAAAAAAUUUUUUUUUCAAAAAACGUCAUUAAAUAAUUUUCAAAAAAUAA